AUGUCUGAAGGGAAAUCCACAACUACUCUGUUGCACGAGAAUGACGGUCACACCAAAGCUGAGGUAUUAGAAGACUUGGAAGCUGUGUCGUCUAACGGAAAGCUGAAAUGGUAUGACAAACAAUGGGUAUCAUUUAUUCCUCCCUAUUCUAAUGCCAUGGUCCAAGUGGUUAUGCUUUCUUGUGUGUUGUUUUUAUCUCCUGGUAUGUUCAAUGCCUUGACUGGUAUUGGUGCUUCCAUCGACGAUGUGGCCACGUCUGAUAAUGCAAACGUUGCUUUAUACUCAACCUUUGCCUCCAUUGGGUUUUUCUCUGGUACAAUCUUGAACACCAUAGGUUUGAGACCAAGUAUGGCUUUUGGUUGUACUGGGUACAUCAUUUACGCUGGUUCCUUAUUGUGUUUCAUAGAUACUAGAAACAAGGGGUUUGUUAUCUUCUCUGGUGCCUAUCUUGGAGUAUGUGCAAGUUGCUUGUGGGUCAGUGCUAACACUAUCUUGACAUCUUACCCCACAGAAGAAAAUAAAGGUAAAGCCAUUAUGAUUUUCUGGGUUAUCUUCAACUUAGGUGCUGUCAUUGGUUCAAUUAUUCCUUUGGCUAACAACAUUAAUAAUGAAGGAUUUGCUGCUAAUAAGGGAACGUAUGUGGCAUUCAUUAUAUUAAUGUGCUUAGGUUUUGGAUUAGCAUGGUUGAUGUUACCCUUUGAACGAGUUGUUAGAACUGAUGGUUCAAAAGUCAGUUUUGAGAAGCAUCCUCAUUGGCUAAAAGAACUUAAGGCUUUAGGUACCACUUUGAUCAGAGAACCCAUGAUCUUACUUAUGUUUCCAAUGUUUUUCCUGUCCAAUUGGUUUUACACUUAUCAAUUUAAUGUCUUCAAUGCUGGUAGAUUCAAUCUUAGAACUCGUUCAUUGAACUCUCUUCUUUAUUGGCUCUCUCAAAUGCUUGGUGCUAUUUUCGUUGGUAAUCUUUUGGAUUGGCAAAGAUUCGGCCGUGCUAAAAGAGCUAAAGCUGGUGUCGUGGUCCUUUCUAUUUUAACUGCUGUUAUCUGGGGUGGUGGGUUGAAGUUUGAAGAUGGUUAUACUAGAGAAAAUAUCGACCAAUUCGUUUCAAUCGAUUACACUCAUAGCAACUAUGUUGGUCCUAUGUUUUUGUACAUGUUUUAUGGGGUUUAUGAUGCUGUAUUCCAGAACUAUAUUCUUUGGAUUAUUGGUGCCUUAUCCAAUGAUUCAAAAAAGAAUGCCAUUUAUUCUGGUUUCUAUAAGGGUAUCCAAUCUGCUGGUGCUGCUAUUGCAUGGAGAUUAGAUGCUAUACAUAAGCCUUAUUCUGUUUUGUUUGGUACUUCUUGGGGGUUAGCUCAAGCUUCCUUGGUUAUUGCUAUCCCAUUGAUUUGGACAGUGAAAGAUCAUACUAGAACAACAGAGGAAACUGUCGUUGAAGAAGUAUUACUGAAGCAAGAAACAGUUCAUAAUGAGUGA